CCCGUGCCCUACAAGAUGUACAUUAAUGCAGAGACUUCCUUGUUAGUAAUUCAAUAUAAUAUUCUAAUAGGUAUAGCGCUGAGCAACGGUUACCUGUGGAAGAAGCAGAGGAAGUUUGCCAACACUCACCUGCGUUACUUUGGAGAAGGCCAAAAGUCACUGGAGAAGUACAUUGAAGUGGAGUGCAGCUUCCUUUGUGAAGCUUUCAAGGAGGAGCAAGGUAGACCAUUCAACCCCCACUACAUCAUGACAAAUGCAAUAGGUAACAUCAUCUUCUCUGUGGUCUUCGGACAUCGCUUUGAAUACAGUGACCCCAGCUUUCGCAGAAUUCUGGAGCUGGACAAUGAUGCCGUUGUGCUUGCUGGUUCAGCGCAGACGCAGCUGUAUGAUGCCUUUCCUGGCUUGAUGAAGUACUUGCCAGGGCCUCACCAGACUGUCCAUGCCAACUACAGGGAGAUUGUGGCUUUCUUGAACAGAGAAAUUGAAAAGCACCAGGAAGAGUGGAACCCAGAUGACCCUCGUGAUUUCACUGAUGCAUACCUGUCAGAGAUGGAGAAGAAAAAAGAGGAUCCUCGUGCUGGCUUUAAUAUUGAAACGCUUCUGGUUUGUACCCUUGAUCUGAUUGAGGCUGGGACAGAGUCAGCUUCCACCACUCUACGCUGGGCUCUAGUAUUUAUGAUGAACUACCCAGAAAUACAAGAGAAAGUGCAGGCAGAGAUAGACAGAGUAGUCGGACAGUCUCGCCUGCCCACCUUGACCGAUAGGCCCAAACUACCCUACACUGAUGCUGUUAUCCACGAGACCCAGAGGGUUGGAAAUAUUGUUCCACUGGGAUUACCAAAAAUGGCCAGUAAAGAUUCUACACUGGGAGGAUACUUCAUUCCUAAGGGCACAGCUGUUACUACAAUACUUUCAUCUGUGCUGUUUGAUAAGAAUGAGUGGGAGACUCCAGAUGUCUUCAAUCCUGAACAUUUCUUGGACUCAGAGGGCAAAUUUCGAAGAAGAGAUGCCUUCUUGCCAUUUUUAGCAGGUAAACGUGUGUGUAUCGGUGAGCCCCUGGCCAAAAUGGAGCUCUUUCUUUUCUUUGCAUCUCUGCUCCAACGCUUCACCUUCAGACCUGUUCCUGGAAAAAUGCCGAGCUUGGAGGGUGUGUUGGGUUUCAACAAUUCCCCUGAGGAGUUCAGGAUGCAGGCAGUGCCUCGCUGAUGUCAUGUCGGGCAAACACAAAGAUGAAUAAACUGAAACUCCGCAAGGUUCAUGGGACCAGCAAAGAUUUAAUGAAAAUUUUACAUAUUGAGACACUAUAUGCAUGUUACUUUUAUUUCUUGUUUUAUUGUGAAACACUUUGAUUUUUAUCUGUGAAAGGUGCUAUAUAAAACAAUAAAACUUUCUUGCUUACCUGCUGAAAGCUUACGCAAUACUUAUUAAGGUUAGACAACCUUGCGAAAUAACAGCCAUGUGUUGAUAAUGGUUGACUCAACACUGUUAGGUGCUACAUUAUGUGACUUGAGUUUUUCUUAACACAAAGGACUUCAGAUAUUAUCCUUUGUUUUUAAAUCCACAAAAAUGUUUGAUGUGUGGAUAAAACUCUGCUUAUUUUUACCUAUAAGCAAGGCCUACAUAUGCUUGCUGCACCUCUGUCUCCUCAAUGCCAGUGUGGAAGUAUUUUCUCUAAGUCCAAGUUCAGUGGCAAAAUGUUAUUUUUUUAUAUAAAUGAAUAAAGUCAUUACAACCCCAGU